UGAAUUUUGAAUUUUGAAACAACAUAUUUCUGUAAAAAUGAGGGCGAACUACAAUCAACCGAACCAACACAACCCAAUGCCCAAGAAGACAAGAAGAGACCAUGUCAUUGCGACGCUCGCACGUCCUUGGCAAUGAGGAAAGGGGCAAGAUGCUCCUUGGUGUCAAUCAGACGUUGACCUCGUAUCGGACUACAACAACCACCCCAAAGAAAGAAACAAGCAAAGACAAACCAUUGGACCGUGCACCACCACCGUGGCAUUCGGUGGCCUUUGUGGCAUGCAUCACGGCACUGUCCCUGUACCAAUGUGUUUCUGCCAUUCAUUCCCUCGAUAAGGUGGCCGUUUUGGAUACUUUCACCCAUCGAGUCUUUCCCGAAUAUGUUUCGUUGGCCCUGCUGGGUUGGGUUCGACUGGCCAUUGCCAUUUUGAUUUGGGUUGUCUUUGUCUCGACUGUGACAUCGGAUGGAUGGAUUCAAACCACAAGAUACCGAGCAAAAUCCAAGCUGCAAAGUGGUGUACCAAUUGUCAUGAAAGGAAGCCGAACCCUCUUUCCAUUCACUGCCUGGUGUUGGAUUCUGCUGGGAAUUAGCUUUACCAGUCAUGCUCUGAUUGCACUGACAGUGGCCUAUAAUGAUAAUAAUCAGGGAGACCUUCCAUCGACUCCUCUCUGGAUGCUCCGCGCCAUUCUGCUGAUUUGGGAAACCACCGCCCCCUGUGCCUUUCUGGUCUCGGCCGUGAUUCGCUACGUCAUUUGGGACAUGGUCCUUCAGGGUGGCCCCGAACGGACGGUCCAACUCAAACACCCUCGCAAUCUCAUGUCCCACAACAUGAACUCGAUCUUUGUAGUGACCGAAAUUUGUCUCUUGGGAGGCCUUCCAGUCCGCCUGUCUGAAGUAUACUUGGGCUGUCUCUACGGGUCGCUCUACAUUGUGAUUGCCUGGUCUCUCACGAGGUACUGGACCUCCCAAGGUCCCCAUUUCCUGUAUUUCUUUCUGGACACGACACUGGGGUACACCACUACCAUUUCCAUUGCGGCCUUGACCGCAACACUGUGUCUCUUUUACGCAUUGCUUUCCGUGUCCCUGGUGGCUUUGAACCAGUUGACAGCAAUGCUGCCAGACAAUUCGAGCCAAUUGUUACUCCUGUGUCACAUUGCUUUUGUUCUAGGUGUGGCUAGCUUGGUUUGUCGCUUCCACGAUUAAUUGCAAUUGGAAGCUAGCUAGCUAGUAGACACACUGGAAAGGGUCAAGCAUGGUGGGAUGAGAACAAGGAAAAGAGAGAAGAAAGCACACAAUUUGCUUUGUAAGAUCUAAAGAUAGCUAUUACUCCUACUCCAGAA